UUAUGUUUGCCCAAUUAAGUCAAAAAACAAUAGAAUUAUUAGAAGAAAAAGCUUCAAAUUAUCCUUUUGAAGAAAUUGAUGGAAAUUUAAAUAAAGAUAAUUCUGAGAAGAAGAAUAUGAAGAAUUUUGCUAGUGAAGAAUUUUUAAAUUCUUUAAUUUCUGUCGGGCAAUUUGAACUUGAUGUUGGUUUAAAUAAUGAUUUAUUACAAAAUGAAAGUUGGGAUGAUUAUUUAAUUCAAUUACAACGUUGCAGUUUAAAAUUAAAAAAUUUAAAAGAAAAAAGAGAAAAAUGUGAACAGAUACUUAAAGAAUUGGGAGAAAAAUAUAAUUCUGUAACUGACAAAACUUCAUCUUUACACGAUGCUUGUGAUAGAAUGAUGUCAGAACAAACACAACUAGCUACUGCAAAUGAAUCGAUUAGUGCCAGUCUUCAUUAUUAUCAACAAUAUGAUUGGCUACUUAAAAAAUUAGCUACCCCAAAAUUAUCAUUAACCGGCACUUUAUUCACACAAAUUCUUUCAACAAUUCAUGAAUGUAUUAGUUAUUUACGUGCACAUCCAGAACAGAACGAAGCAGAGCAAUAUAUUCAUAAAUACGAACAAUGCCUUAGCCGUUCUUUAACAGCCAUAAAGGCAGGAGUAUUGGCUGAUUUAGAAUCUUGCCGGCAAGAUGUUCUUUAUAGACAAUCUAGAUUUACAACUCCUUCACAAGAUGGAAGUGGACGUCCAGGAAUUUUAUCUUGUGUGGAUAAUGAUGAUACUUUUGCUUUGUUAUAUGGAAUAUUUGGAGUAAAGGCUAAUGCUAUUAGAAAUGCAUUCCAACAAGCAUUUCAAUUUUUUGCUACAUAUCCAGAAUAUCAAACAAUCGUUUCUGAAUGUGAACAAGAAUAUUUUUCUAUUAGAAACCAAUUACUUCGACCAAUUGUGCAAGCAACUUUACAAGCUCUAUGCCUUCGACAUCAAAAUUCUUCUUGUACUCUAACUAGAGAUGGAUGUACUUUUCUUCUUCGCCUUUGUGAUGAUGAAUUGCGUUUAUACAAACAAUUUUUUGUUUUGGAUUUUGAUCAGGGAACAAAGACAGCGAUGACCCCUUCUUCACCCUCAUUAUUUUCAUUUUGGCCUCUCUAUUCAAACGAGCAACACUCUUCUGCUCAACAUUUCCAUUCUUUUAUAGAAAAUAUAUCUAGAAUAUUUUAUGAUACUUUACGCCCACUUAUAAUUCAUAAUCAACAUUUGGAAACACUUGCACAACUUUGUACUUUACUUAAAGUAGAAAUGAUAGAUGAACGUUGCGGACUUAGACAAACUCCUGAUUCAGCAGCAGUUGAUUUUACAUCAUUACAACAACAACAAACAUCAAUUUCUCGAAUUGGUUUUAUUAGAGUAAUUAAUGAAUUGGUUGCUGAUAUUGUUGAACGAAUUGUUUACAGUUUGGAUGAACAAGUUGAAGAUUGCGAGACAAUUGGUCCUUUACCUCCAGCUAAAAAGCCUGGUACUGGAUAUGUAAAAUUGACAAAACAAGCAAGUACAUCGCCUAUUGACCAACAUUGUCUUUGGUAUCCAACAGUUAAAAGGACUGUGAUGUGCCUUAGCAAGUUAUAUCGUUGUUUGGAUCCCACUGUCUUUAUGAAUGUUUUUCGUGAAUUACUUGAUUCAUGUUGUCAAUCACUUGAACAUGCUGUGGAACGUAUUAGAGCCUUGCCUAUUGAUUCAGCCCGUUCCACAAUAAAAAAUUCUCCAAAUCGAACAAUUGAUUCAGAAUUAUUUAUAAUUAAACAUUUACUUAUUCUUCGUGAACAAACAAGUCCUUACCGUCAACACCAAAAACAAAAACAACCACCUAUGCAGACAUUAACACGUUCAAAUUCUGUUUUGUCAUCAGGAUCUGGAAUAGGCAUUGGACAAAUAGAAGAAACACAAAUUCACCCACAAUUGGAUUAUCAAUUAGAUUUAAGUAAAUAUACACAAUCGAUGCUACAAUUAUUAAAUCCUGAAAAUCGUGCUAGAUGGUUUGAAUUUGGUACAAACAAUGCACUUUUAUCGCUUCUUUUAUUGACACCUGUCCAUGUUAGCGAAUUACAAACAGAUUCUAGACGCAUCAUCGAGCAACAUUUAAAACGUUGGUGUCAUAUAAUGAUUGUUCACAUUUCUGAUCUUUUAUUGGGCCCUUUAGCCAAUUUUCAAUCAGAAUUAGAUCAAUUUCAAAAUGAGCAAGAACAGCGGGCAAAAAAUGAACUCGCUCCUUUGGAUGUUGCAUCUUCUGAGCGAUAUAACCCUCGGGCUUUGAAUGAUAGAUGUUCACAAGCUUUCAAGCAAUUGAAGCAAAAUUGGCCUCAAGUUCGUGCCGCUUUCGGUCUCUAUAUUGGAAUGCGUGAAACUGAAGAAAUUCUUCUACAACCUAUACGUCGUGCAGUUUGCAAUGCUUUUUCAAGUUUAAAUUCAUUCGCCGAACGUCAUUACGAAGAAGAACAACGUUUAAUAAUUUGUGCACCUGGACAAGAACAAAUUUGGCUUAUUUUAAAUGCAUAA